ACAUUUGUGUGCGUGUGUGUGUGUGUGUGUGUGUGUCGAUCAGCGAUGACGUGAGGUGAUUGUUGUCAGCAGCUGUUCAUCCUGAACACGAAGGAAAAGUGGAUGUGUGUGAGUGGAUCGCGUGUCCGUGAGCGCACCGUGACUCGUCUGGAGUGGAGGUAGUGGCGCCGGAUGACCCACGGACUGAGACACCGGAGCCUCGGCAGUCUCCCCGCCGCCGUGUGGCUUACAUAACGGACGGCGGCAUCGUUGAGAGCAGAUAACGGACUCGAUUCUCCAGCGCAGGUCGGAGUUGAAGCCAUUUUCUCUGCACAGGCAGACAGUCACACCAGCUGAGCUCAAAGGCAUCAUUUAGUGUCCGUGUGCACGCCGCACACAACCGCCGCCGCCAGCAUGAACGUGGGCACGGCGCACAGCGAGGUGAACCCCAACACCAGAGUGAUGAACAGCAGAGGCAUGUGGCUGUCCUACAUCCUGGGCAUCGGCCUCCUGCACAUCAUCCUGCUCAGUAUCCCCUUCGCCACCGUCCCUGUGGUGUGGACCCUCACCAAUCUCAUCCAUAAUCUGUGCAUGUAUCUCCUCCUGCACACGGUCAAAGGGACGCCCUUUGAGACCCCGGAUCAGGGCAAGGCUCGCCUCCUUACGCACUGGGAGCAGAUGGACUACGGCGUACAGUUCACCGCGUCACGCAAGUUCCUCACCAUCACACCUAUUGUCCUGUACAUCCUCACCAGCUUCUACACCAAAUAUGAUCGGGUCCAUUUUGUGGUCAACACUGUCUCCUUGCUCACUGUUCUCAUCCCCAAGCUGCCCCAGCUUCAUGGCGUGAGGAUCUUUGGGAUUAACAAGUACUGACAAGGCAGUAGAGGACACCCCCCUUUUUUUUGCCCGAGUCCCCGCGGACUGUGAGAGCACACAGAGGGUUGGCCUUAAGUUGGCCGCAGCUCCGCGAGGAUCUGUGGCUCUUUGGCUCCCGACUCUGAACGAAUCCGGCUGGGGACACUGCCAUGGUAUCAAACUCCAGGAUAGAGACACAGCACUCUGUAGAGAGAGAGAGAGCACAAAGGGAAUGUGUUCUGUUGUGACUGUUUGAGGUCUGUCUCUCUCUGUCUCUCUCUCUCUCUGUGACACUUAAAAUGCAUUUGUAAUCAGAGAAGUGUUCUGAUGAAGUGUCUGAGGAGACAGAGGACAAUGUGGUUGCACAAAUGUUACGUGCCGUUUUACACGCAUUCGCACACUAAGGCAGUUUCCUUUUUGAUAACAGACUGCUGUGUUUAUUCAGCUUGACUCUCUUGUUAAGCGUCUUCUUUCCUCAGGUCUCUGGGAAAGUAAUGCCGCUUUUCCACUACAAGUUUUUUUGGCUUUUACAUUAGUGAAAGUACCCAGUACUUUUUUUUUAGAACGCCGAUAUGAUGCGUGACGUCGUCAGACUGCCGUCCGCUGAUUGGUCAGAGUGCAAGCCGAACAAUGCCGAUAUGUCGAUCAGUUAAAAAGACUUAAAAAUCCUGAAAACCUGCAUUAGUCUCCAACAUUUAGCAUGGAAAUGUCUAAAGUCUCAAUAUUUCACAGAGGAGUCCGGUGUAUUUAGCGACAGCACUGCUGAAAGCCGGCGAUUGUGAUUGUGAUUGCGAUUGUCUUUCAGUUCACUGACUGUGUCUGAGCUCCAGUCAUGCAGGAGAUACUGAGGUAAUCUUUUUAAUGAACUGAUUCUAAUGAUUCAGUUUCAUGCAGGCGAUGAACCCGCCCACAUUGAGGAAGUAAUAUAUUAUAAUUGAAAACCAACCAAUCCGCGUAGAGUGGAGUCGUGCCGGGACCAUGUAGUGGAAAAGCAGGCAUAACAAUACCUUAACGUAAUGGUAAGGGACAUGUGGACACUGUAGCCCUCACUACUCUGCUCAGGGCCAAGAAGUUAAGUUGGGCAACUCUUAUUUUAUCUCACCAUGUCCAUAUUUGGACUCCUCAUCCGGGGUUGUGUCACAGCAGGCCGUCUCUCCGCGGAGUCGUCUGGUCUGUGAGCAGCAAGAAUGCACAAGCGCACUGCAUCGUCCAUCCAACAAAACCAAAGCUUCUGAGUCUGCAGUUUAAGAACCGUUUCUUACGUUAUUCAUUGUUACAAACGGAUGAGGUCUGGUCAAAACACUGGUCAAAAUCUGGAAUAGCUUCUCUAUCACAUAAAUGCCUUACUAAGCACAUUCUGUAAAGAGAAGCAUGUGUCACCAGUGUCAUGUGACCAGCUGUGUGUACUGGUUAUAAGAGAAAAGAAGAGAAACACUGAACAGACAAGUUUAAUUUCGUAAAAUCACUAUCACCAUACACACACAAGGUUGUGAUGUCACUGUCGAACAUCAAUAAUUGUCUCGCCAUCCUUAGGUGUUAGUUUAUAGUCUGAAGCGAGCCAGCACAACAAUCCUCCUAUUAAGUAAUGACAUUUUCAGCUGUUUAUCAAAGUAUCACACAUCCAUGAAAUAUAUAUAUAUUAUUUCAUAUAAUAUGAAAUAUGCUUUCAUUAAUUAUCACGUAAAAACAAUUAUUGUAGAACAGUUGUGUUUCUUUUUUUAGCAUCCCAGAAUGAGCUGUGUUUGUACGGCAGCCCAGAAUGGACAAAUCAAACCCCUGGCUCUAGGCUUUGGCUUUUCAUGGUUCACACAUGAAUGGAGAGCGUGAACUUCACCCCUGAAUCCUACACACAUACAGAAAAGUGAACUACAAGCAAGUUAUUUAUUUACUUUUUAACGUAGUUGAGGACGAAACUGACAUUUCUUUUGUAUGUUUUAUUUUUUUUUUUUUAUUUGCUGUUUACAAAAUGAUUUGGUACACGGUUCAUUGUAAAAGUGCCAAUUGAUGCAGCUUUACAUUUCUUUCUUUUUGACUUGGUUAAAGUCAAGUUGAAUAGCUGUAAUGAUAUUGGUCUACUAAACUUCAUGAGGUUAAUAAAUGAAUUAAUACUAGGUAAAAUGGUUGUUUUACUCUCCCAUCUUUUUUAGAAUAUGACUAGGGACAUUGUUUUGUUGUCGAACAAUCUCGCAUAAUUCCGUUUUAUUACUUUAUGUGGGGGGAGGAUGACUGAAGUGUCCAUGAGCCAUUUCAUCGAGGAUAAGUUGGAAAUGUUAGUCAUGAUUUCAGUUGACUCACAAAACAGAAAUUCCCUCCCUUUAGGAUCAAGUUUGUAUCUGCUUUAGAGGAAAUACGGAACGGACUAAAGUUACAUCUGACUGACAUGUUUGACAAAAUGACACGUGAAAUAUGAAGUCAAAGGUCAUGUCAUUGUCAUCAUUUGCUCCCAUCUGUGUUUUAUGAACAUAUGAAAUGUGUUUACUGACGUUAUCCUGAGCAGUGUUAACAUUAAUAGUGCAGCAGUUGCAGCUUUUCAGUCACAGACUAGUUUUAUUCUGUUCCGUGUUCUGUUCAUUCUUGCUGAAACCAAAAUGAUUCCAUUCUGUUAGGAAUUGGCAUAUUUUGUAACUGACGCAGCCAAUGAUGAGCAUGUCUCUCUGCUGCUGCUGCUGCGGCGUUCAUUUCAUCACCAUCUUCACAAUAAAGGGCUUUUUUUAAGGACAUGCUGUAUGAUUCGGUACAUGUGUUUCUUUUCUUUUUUUUAUGGCCGCACUAUUGAAGAUGUGAUUGAUAUGAAUGUUGAAACUCUUGGCUUCUGUUUGGUGGGAAUUUUGACCAGAUUUCUGAAUGAAAUGUGAAAUUUGACCCCAAAAUACAGUAUUUUCCAAGUGUCAUCUCAAAAUUCCUUAUUAUUCAUUAAGCUGAAAAAUAAGUGAAAUGAACAACAUGUACUUUUAUGUCGUGUGUCUAAUGAACUCAAGUGUGCAGGUCCAGACUGAGCAUUAAAAUGUGAACGUAAACAUUGUAAAAGGCAGGAACACAGUUCUUUGGAAUACUGAGUCAUUGUGUUGACUUGUGUUUAUUUUUGAAGGUAAAGGUCACUUUUAAAAAAAAAAAAAAGUUUAACAGUAAAUCCCUUUAAUCAAGUGGAUUUCCAGUACAGGCAGAGGUCAUCAUUUAAAAUGAAAGUAGUAUAUAUUAUUUUAGUUAUGAGCUGUCUCCAGAGCGGUGGUGUGCAAUCCUUCAUACAUUUUGUGUUGUGACAGCAGUUUAACAUGUUUUUUGUUAGAAGGACACCAGGAAGUCACAGAAAAGCAAUAGUUACUUUAAAAAUGUGCUUUUUGUCCCUAAACGUUACAGCUUUUACUGUAGUGCUGUAGUGCUGUCUCCUCUGUCAGCUCCAGCUGGAAGCCAACCCGCACUUCAAUG